AUGGAGCUCUCGGCGGUUGGGGACCGCAUUUUCGCCGCGGAAGCCAUUCUGAAACGCCGUGUCCGAAAAGGUCGGAUUGAGUACCUUGUCAAAUGGAAAGGGUGGGCAUUGAAAUAUAGUACGUGGGAACCAGAGGAAAACAUCCUGGAUGAUAGACUAAUCACAGCUUUUGAACAAAAAGAACGUGAGAGAGAACUCUAUGGCCCAAAGAAACGUGGACCCAAACCAAAAAACUUUGUGCUGAAGGCACGCGCACAGGCCCAGGCAGCAGAAACUUCAUCCCGAGGCCCAAAUGCCCGUCGCACACCUCAGCGGCCUUCGUCCAGACCAUCCUCCUCAUCCUCGACAGCAAUGUCUCCCCAGCCUUCUUCCUCCUCCGUAGCCCCUAUGCCUAAACUACACUCACUGGCUGCCACCCACAAGCUGAAGAAAGACAUUCACCGUUGUCACCGAAUGUCACGCCGUCCCCUGCCACGCCCUGACCCUCUGGCUUCACCCACUGGUUCCCCUAGCAACCCUUCCUUCUCCUCCCGCCCGCCCAUUUCUCCGUUCUCGGAAACAGUCCGCAUCCUCAACCGCAGGGUGAAACCCCGUGAAGUCAAACGAGGUCGCAUCAUCCUGAACCUGAAGGUCAUUGAUAAAGCAGCAGGUGGAAGUGGAGCCGGUAAUCGGAGGACCACGAUCCCCUCACGAAACCGCAUCAUUGGAAAGAAGUAUGAUGACAUGCCUUACAGACCUUUCCAGCCGCCUAUGAAGAUGCCUGGUUUCCCCAUGUACGGGAAGCCAUUUGGCCUCCAGCAGUGUGGUCCAGCUUCUUUCAUGCCCAGUUCAGCCACUGGUUCCAACACCAGGGCUAACGUGAAGGUUGGGAAAAGUGACUCCACAAAUUCCUCUGAAGGCAAUUCUCAGUUCCUUCCUCAGUACCAGUCACCUCCAUCACCCUCCAGUUCCAGCGGUUCUGAGAGUGGGCCUCCGUCCCCUCCGCCCAUCCAGCCAACACCUUCUCAACCAACAUCCCAGUCUGGCUUGGAAGAUGCCUCCUCCCCUCCCGAACUGAGACCUCAAGCUAAAUUGCGACCCUCAGACCAAUCUGAGUCACAGCUGAAUUCUACCAAGACCACUCCUGCUCCUGACCCUGUGACCUUCCUCCCUUCUUCUCCAUCCCUCUCUUCCUCAUCAGCAUCGUCAUCCUCCUCGUUGGAGGAUGAGGAAGAGAACAGCCAGAAUCUCUCCGCCCCUAAAGGCAGGAAGAGAAACCCCCAACGUCGCCGUAGACGCCAAGCAACCAAAUCCCUUUCUGCCUCCGAAGAUGCCACUUCUCAGCCUCUUGACAUUGCAGAGGGCAGCACCACGGAGAAGCCAAGGGUCCCUGUCGAGGGGGACCCUGACUGGCACCCCGAAAUGGCCCCUUGCUGUGCCAACGUGGUAGUGACUGAUGUCACCACCAACCUCCUUACCGUCACCAUCAAAGAGUUCUGCCAGCCCACCGAAACAGGGUCCGAGCCGCCUUCUCCUGCCUCCGAGAUUGCUUCUUCCCAAGCCGAAAAGCCCGCCUCCCCCACCUCCACUGCCCCCUAG